GGAAUACGCAGAACGAGUCUAAUCACUUACCGUCUUACAUUCGAGCUGCUAAGAUGACGGCAACAGGAGCAGAGAAACCGAAAUCCUAUCGACUGGUUCCCCCGGAUGGCGGCUUUGGCAUUCUCGUCUGCAUCGGCAUGGCAUUUCCCUUUAUCAGCGGGUUGUCGGCGCUGCCAUCUUUUGGCCUGGUCUUUGGGGACUUCCUGAAGAGCAUUGGAGCGGAGACAAGUGCGAUUGCCAUUAUAACGAGCACGUUCUUUUGUGCCAUGAGCUUCGCGGGUUUAUUUUCCGGUUCUCUCUUUCGAAAAUUUGGCUUGCGAUCCAUUGGCUUGACGGGCGGCAUUCUCUAUUUUCUGGGCACGGCGUUGCAAAUGUUUGCCAAGUCAACGCUGCAUCUGAUCUUCUCGUUCAGCCUGGUGCAAGGCAUUGGAUUUGGCUUAUGUCUGCCCACCUGCUAUACAACGUUUAACAAUUAUUUUGUGCAGAAUCGAGUAAUGUGGAUGGGAUUUGCCCAGACAUUGAUUGGCCUCGGAUCGAUGGUUUAUCCUAUAGCCAUGCAGAAAUUAAUGGAAUGGUACGGGUUUCGUGGUUGCCUCUUAAUACUCACUGGAAUCAACGCCCAUGCCGUGCUGGGCAUGCUCCUCAUGCAGCCCGUGGAGUGGCAUAUGAAGAAAGUACCUCUGGACGAGGAGGAAGUGCAAUUGCAGUCAACAACACAUCGACCGACUGUCAUUGUGAACGUGCAGCCGGAGACGCCAUUAAAGCCAAUACCAGAGCCGGAAUUUAUACCUAUGCCAGGUAGUGAUCAUAUCACUAAUUCGCUGUCCGUAUCGCGGUUCAGCUCGCGACGCGUUUCCCACGCCGAGGAGCAGACACUCAAAAACCUCACCAGUCUCUCCUCGAGCAUUACAAGCCUGGGCAAUUGGACUGGGCCCGUGGUGGUAACCGAUGCCUCGCCACAAAUGAUGCACAGUCUCCAGGCAUCAAGACGACAAUCGGUUGCUAGUGGUCCACCCGCCACGUCUAACGGGCAAAUUUCCAGUGAUGUGGCUGCAGUUGCGCCAGCCAGAAAGAGUCUUUGUGCCACCAUUGUUGAUUUCCUAGAUCUGACGCUACUCAAACAACCCGUCUAUGUCAACAUUGUGCUCGGCAUAACCUUUGCCCUCUACUCGGACAUCACUUUCUUCACCAUGCAGCCCAUUUAUCUUUUUGAACUCGGUUACACCAAGGUUGACGCCGCAAAAAUAAUUGCCAUUGGAGCCACAGCCGAUUUGUUAUCACGAAUAUUUUUGGCAAUUACUGCAAUAUUUAUUCAAGUUCCGGCGCGAUAUAUCUAUUUGGGUGGUGCACUAUUUACGGUCAUUGCCAGAUUUGCUUUCGAUGGCAUCACAGACUUCGUGGGUAUGGCUUGCAUUACGGCGGUUCUUGGCUUUUUGCGCACUUGGAUUCAUGUGCCGCUGCCUUUAGUGCUGGCCGAUUAUUUGCCAAAAGAACGAUUCGCGAGCGGUUAUGGCUUGUUUAUGUUCACACAGGGUAACGGAAUGUUUUUAAUAGGUCCCAUCGUUGGUUAUAUUCGUGACCGUACAAAGGAUUAUAUAUUGGUAUUUCACAUAUUAAAUGUAUUUAUGGCCCUGUGCGCCGUGCCUUGGAUAAUUGAAGUUCUGAUCGUCAAAUUCCGUCGGCGCAGCAAACUUGAACGCAAUAAUGUCGGUGAGCAGUGCAAUGUCAAUGGUACAAUGGCCCAUUGAAGCAACACUUUGUAUCAUACGAAAAUUGAAAAUAAAAGAAGUUCUUUCCUUCGAUA